AAAUAAGUAAAUAAAAAUCUCUGCUCCUUUCCUUCCAUUUAAAAGAACGACACUCCUUUUAAGCUCCAACCUUCCAUCUCGCACUCGAAAAACCUAAUAAACCCGGAACCCUAGAGAAAGAAAAAAAAAGGGCUCAAUUCGUCCCCCAAGCCAAGGUGCCGUCUUUGGAGAGCUGUCGACCUUGUCUCCUCUUAUCGUUGCCUCUGCGGCACGGAAACUGCCGACUGUCGUUUUUCGAGUAAAGAAAUGGCCCCUGGUGGCUUCUAGUUCUUGGUCGCUUGAGCCGCUUGGAUCUGGUCGCAGCUCUCCUCCGGUUGUACAACAUCUGCUUGAGCUCCAAUCUGAAGCUUCCUGCAGCGAGCAUGGAGGUCAGGUGUCGUGGUCUCAUCGUCGUCAAGUGAAGGAUAAAUCCGCUUGUUAUAUGGCCCGGCUCUUUGGAUCCGGUCGUAUACUCUGAUUCGAUGGAGAACUAGCUCGGAUUCCGGAUUCGGAUAUUCUAAGCAGGCUUUGACUUUUUAUCUGUGGAAUUUUGGACACGGUGAGGAGAUGGCUUCAAACAGUGCUCUCAGAGCCAGCCGAUCCGCCCGGAUGUCGUCGACUGGGGUCGAGCUGCAGCACGGCGGAAACAAGCCGCCAGCGGCGCCCACCGUGACCUUUUGCCGGAGGACUCCAUCCGGUCGCUUGGUGAACUACUCCCGAGAUGAUCUUGACAGUGAGCUGAGUGGUGAGUUCUCCAGGGAGUUUCUGAAUUACCAUGUCACCAUCCCGCCGACCCCGGACAACCAACCGAUGGACCCCUCGAUCUCUGCCAAGGUCGAGGAGCAGUAUGUGUCGAAUUCCCUCUUCACUGGUGGAUUCAACAGCGUCACUCGUGCUCAUUUGAUGGAUAAGGUGAUCGAGUCGGAGGCGAUGCACCCCCAGAUGGCCGGCGCCAAGGGAUCAUCUUGUGCCAUCCCAGGGUGUGACUCCAAGGUAUUGAGCGAUGAGCGUGGGAUUGACAUUCUCCCUUGUGAGUGUGACUUCAAGAUCUGUGCCGACUGCUUCAACGAUUCAGUGAAGGCUGGUGGAGCGGUCUGCCCAGGAUGCAAGGAGCCGUAUAAAGCGACUGAGUUGGAGGAGGUGAUGAACAAUGCCGGGGCUGCUGCGCGGCGGCUGUCGCUGCCACCGCCACCCCCGGGGGUGUCGAGGAUGGAGAGGAGGCUGUCAUUGAUGAAGUCGACGAAGAUGACCCGGAGCCAGACUGGUGACUGGGAUCACAACCGGUGGUUGUUCGAGACCAAGGGAACAUAUGGCUAUGGGAAUGCAAUCUGGCCCAAGGAGAGUGGGGGUGACGGUGGGAAUGGAGAAGUGGGACAGCCAUCGGAGCUGACGAGCAAGCCUUGGAGGCCACUCACCCGCAAAUUGAAGAUCCCUGCAGCAGUCCUCAGCCCAUAUAGGCUUCUUAUUGUUUUCCGCAUGGCUGCCCUUGGACUGUUCCUUGCUUGGAGAGUCAAGCACAAAAAUGAGGAUGCAGUAUGGCUAUGGGGGAUGUCUGUUGUGUGUGAGCUGUGGUUUGCUUUCUCUUGGCUCUUGGACCAGCUUCCGAAGCUUUGUCCUGUCAACCGUGCCACUGACCUUGCAGUGUUGAGAGACAAGUUUGAAACUCCUACACCCAGCAAUCCUACCGGGAAGUCUGAUCUUCCUGGCAUUGAUGUCUUUGUUUCUACUGCCGACCCAGAAAAAGAGCCUCCUCUGGUCACUGCAAACACCAUACUCUCCAUCCUCGCUGCUGAUUACCCUCUUGAGAAGCUCUCUUGCUAUGUUUCUGAUGAUGGGGGAGCCCUACUGACAUUUGAAGCAAUGGCAGAAGCUGCAAGCUUUGCCAAUACAUGGGUUCCUUUCUGUCGUAAACAUGACAUCGAACCGAGAAACCCAGAGAGCUACUUCAAUUUGAAGAAGGAUCCUUAUAAGAACAAGGUGCGCUCUGACUUUGUCAAGGACCGAAGACGGCUGAAGAGAGAGUACGAUGAGUUCAAGGUCCGCAUCAAUGGAUUGCCAGAUUCUAUUCGCCGGCGGUCUGAUGCAUAUCAUGCUCGUGAGGAGAUUAAGGCCAUGAAACGACAGCGAGAAACAGCUGGUGAUGAUGUUGUAGAACCUGUUAAGAUCCCCAAAGCCACUUGGAUGGCUGAUGGUACUCAUUGGCCAGGCACUUGGAUUAACCCCUCCUCAGAGCAUACUCGGGGUGAUCAUGCUGGAAUUAUUCAGGUAAUGCUGAAGCCACCAAGUGAUGAAACACUGUUUGGGGACAAGGAAGAAGGAAAGCCCCUGGAUCUUACCGAUGUCGACAUCCGUCUGCCCAUGCUGGUCUAUGUCUCACGUGAGAAACGCCCAGGCUACGACCAUAACAAAAAGGCAGGGGCCAUGAAUGCCCUUGUCCGUGCCUCUGCCAUCAUGUCUAAUGGCCCCUUCAUCCUGAAUCUUGAUUGUGACCACUACAUCUACAACUCCGAGGCCCUCCGGGAGGGCAUGUGCUUCAUGAUGGAUCGUGGUGGUGACCGUAUCUGCUAUGUCCAGUUCCCGCAACGGUUUGAGGGUAUCGACCCCUCUGACCGUUAUGCCAAUCACAACACAGUCUUCUUUGAUGUCAACAUGAGAGCGCUUGAUGGUCUUCAGGGCCCAGUAUAUGUGGGUACUGGUUGCCUCUUCCGCCGCGUUGCACUCUAUGGUUUUGACCCUCCUCGUGCCAAAGAACACCAACCUGGCUGCUGCAGCUGUUGCUUCCCUAGGCGCAAGAGUCCUGCUGCUGUUGCCUCUGAGGAGACCCGUGCUCUUCGAAUGGGAGACUCUGAUGAUGAGGAAAUGAACCUUUCAACAUUCCCCAAGAAGUUUGGGAACUCGAGUGUCCUUGUUGAUUCAAUCCCAGUGGCUGAGUAUCAAGGCCGACCUCUUGCCGAUCACCCUGCUGUCAAGAAUGGCCGCCCGCCUGGCGCCCUCACCAUCCCACGUGACCUCCUUGAUGCAUCUACUGUAGCUGAGGCCAUCAGUGCCAUCUCAUGCUGGUAUGAGGACAAAACCGAAUGGGGCCAGCGUGUUGGAUGGAUCUAUGGGUCUGUUACUGAAGAUGUCGUCACAGGCUAUAGGAUGCACAACAGAGGGUGGAAGUCAGUCUACUGUGUCACCAAGCGUGAUGCCUUCCGUGGGACUGCGCCAAUUAACCUCACCGACCGGCUCCACCAGGUCCUUCGGUGGGCCACAGGCUCCGUUGAGAUCUUCUUCUCUCGCAACAAUGCCUUGCUUGCCAGCUCCAGGAUGAAGCUCCUCCAGAGGAUUGCUUACCUCAAUGUUGGCAUCUAUCCAUUUACCUCUUUCUUCCUCCUCGUCUAUUGCUUCCUCCCGGCGCUCUCCCUCUUCUCAGGACAGUUCAUUGUGCAGACUCUCAAUGUGACAUUCCUCACCUACCUUCUCUUGAUCACUUUAACACUUUGCAUGAUUGCUAUGCUUGAGAUAAAGUGGUCAGGUGUUUCACUUGAAGAGUGGUGGCGAAAUGAACAGUUUUGGCUGAUUGGAGGAACCAGCGCUCACCUUGCUGCUGUGCUCCAGGGGUUACUAAAGGUGAUUGCAGGGAUCGAAAUCUCAUUCACCCUCACUUCGAAAUCAGCUGGUGAUGAUGUGGAUGAUGAGUUUGCCGACCUCUACAUUGUGAAAUGGACAUCUUUGAUGAUACCGCCCAUCACAAUCAUGAUGGUCAAUUUGAUUGCGAUUGCAGUUGGUGUCAGUCGAACUAUAUAUAGUGUGUUGCCGCAGUGGAGCAGGCUGCUAGGUGGGGUGUUCUUCAGCUUCUGGGUCUUGGCACAUCUUUACCCAUUCGCAAAGGGGCUGAUGGGGAGGAGAGGAAGGACCCCAACCAUUGUAUUUGUGUGGUCUGGACUCAUUGCUAUCACUAUAUCACUGCUUUGGGUUGCGAUUAAUCCCCCAUCAGCGAACUCUCAGAUUGGUGGCUCCUUCACAUUCCCUUGAGCCAUUCCAUUUUGGUAGUUCAAUAGAAUUCAUGGCAAGGUAGAGUGAAAUGCAUCCAGACCAUUAGCUGUUUUGGUUACCAAUUAUUUUGAUACUUUGCAGCUUCUGUUUUCAGACUCCUUCCUUGAUGCCGCAUAGUGCAAGCAACUUUUAAAUCUGAAGCAGCGGAUUGCUGUGCUUUCAACUUGCUGAGGCUUUGGCUUUUUGUCAGCUACAUAUAUAUAUAUAUAUAUAUAAUUUUAUUUUAUUUUUUUUUUCAGUUUGCUACCACUCUAAUUAUUUGCUCAGGGACUGCAGGAGUGGGAAGGGAAAAAGUUAAAUAUGUUAAAAAGUAUAUUUGAUCAUUUUAUGUCAUGUUAGUAUCAUUUCUUUGUAGAUGGAUGGUAAGAAUUAUUUUUUUUCCUUU